GUUAGUCAUUGAAGGGCAUUAGUCAAUAGCGAUUUAGUUACAUCUUGUUUUGUGGUAUAGAGCUGUAAUUUAUUAUUUCAUAUACAAGAUGGAUCAUCCAAGAGAGGACGUGUUGAUUCUCUUCGAUGUUGAUGGUACAUUAACACGCCCGCGAGAGCUUAUCACGGAGGAAAUGAAGAAUUUUCUGUACCAGCAAGUGUUGCCUCGGGCCACUAUUGGAGUGGUGGGUGGUUCUGAUUUGGAAAAGAUGUGCGAACAGUUGAAUGGGCAAGAAUUUUUGCAAAAGUUCGACUAUGUUUUUCCGGAAAAUGGGCUGGUGCAGUACGAAGGUGGCAAGGAGAUGGGCAAGAUGUCUAUUAGUCAGCACCUUGGAGAGGAUAUUCUGAAGCGGUUCAUAAAUUUUUGCUUACACUAUAUCGCCGACCUGGAGCUACCCAUAAAGCGUGGCACAUUUGUUGAAUUCCGCAAUGGCAUGCUGAACAUCAGCCCAAUCGGACGCAACUGUUCUUCGGAAGAGCGCAAGCAGUUCUACGAAUAUGACCAGGCACAUCAGGUACGACAGAAGAUGAUUGACCGUGUUCGAAAGGAAUUCCACGAAGUAGAUCUAACGUACAGCAUCGGUGGACAGAUUAGCUUCGACGUGUAUCCAGUGGGAUGGGAUAAGACGUUCUGUUUGCGCCAUGUGUCCAAGCGCUCGCGCGAGUUUAAAGAAAUACACUUUUUUGGUGAUAAGACUAGCCCCGGUGGAAACGAUUACGAAAUUUUUAGUCAUCCCCAGACAAUCGGACAUAGCGUCACAUCGCCUGAGGACACAAGGAAGCAGUUGGUUGAAUUGCUAAAGCUGUAGUCAAACGAGAAAGAAGCAACAAGUGGAUUGCAAAAUGAAUUUGGUUUUCAAAACUUCGAACGGAUGUUUAUUUAACUUCCAUGGUUUCGUUUACGGUCGGCUAGGACCACAGAUAAUUGGCAUUG